UUUUCUGUUAUUAUUAUACGAAAGAAAUUGGUAUUCUCGCGGUUCAAACGUGAUGAAGGGCAAAGAACACGAAAUGUUAUUAGUACUAACUGUGUAAAUUUACGUGAAAAUGUGGACAUAUUGAGCGGGUAACGACGUCAGUCACUGUGGUUAAAGAGUGUUCUAAAACAUUUACACGAAGGCAGCAAGUUCUGUGUUAAUUCGCAUAAAACAAGUUGGAGAGAGGAAACGUGCUUCGUGUGUUGUUUGAUAUUGGGAAAGUUUUAUUGUCUCUGUGACAGGAUAGUUUUUUUGUUGUUGUCGUAUUUAGUUCAUCUAAUUAACUUUUUACGUGGGCACGGGCGAAGAGACAGACUGAAGAGAAGGUGGAGAGACGGGGAAGAUAAAUCUUGCGCCACAGGGACGAAACUUCGUUGCCACCACGUCGGACGAGUCAGGAUGUGAGGCUGACAUGGCCGAGGGAGGCCAAGAGGAGGACAGCGGCGACGUAAUGUUGGCAACAGCCACCUCUCCUGCCACUGCCUCUUCUGGGGCAGCGAUAAAGAGGGACCCAGACGCGCCGCUCAACCUGAAAUCUGAGGAAAGCUGUGAUUCAAAUUCACCACCCCCUGAACCAGCUGCUAUGGGAGUGGACAAUAUUCCGAUGGCCCUAGACCAACAUUAUGGCUCUCCACAACAACAACAACAACAACAACAACAGUCUGUGUUCUCAAUGAACGGCCACAAUAGUAACCAGAGCUUGCCGGGAACUCCAACACACAACCGUUCGGUACCAAACUCUCCUGAUCCAAUCGCUGCCAUGGAUUCAGCCAAGGCCGCUGCACAUAUCAAUGGAACGAUGGCAGGUAUGGUCACUCUUCAGAACCUGCAGAACCUUGCAACUCUGCAGAGUCUACCACAGGUUGCCUCUCUUGCCGCCGGUCUGCAGGGGAUGGCUGGUCUUGGGACACAGCUCAUCAACACUCCUCUCAACCUCAGCGCGAGUGCGACAGGUUCGCUGCCGUCGAACUGUGCCAGCGCGUCUCCUGCACACUCGGUGGGGAACCUACUCGCCUCGGCUGCGACGCAACCCCAGCUCCUGGCUGCCCCGCAGCCAGCCGCCAUGCCUCAGUUCAUCCUGGCUUCAGGUCAGCUGGUGCAAGGCAUUCAGGGGGCUCAGCUGCUCAUUCCCACUUCACAAGUGCCAUCCCCGAGUCCCACACUGGGGCCUGGUAUCAACCUCAAUCAAGCUGCAACAGCCUCCCUACCUCACCUACUGACGAACGGAAGCGCGGCAGCCGUUCAGCAGCACCAGCAGUUGCUGUCUGCGAUGCAGCAGCCCCAACUGGUUAGUCCGCAGUCAUCACUGGUGACAGCUACAGCUCAGCCAAACUCAGCACCCAGCCACCAACCACCUCAGAGGUCAUCUCACCACCAACAGCACAACCAUCACUACUCGGUACCAGAAAAACAUAACCAGAACGGUUUGCUAAAUGGAACAGAAUCAUCUCUAAACGUUAUCAACCGAUUAGCAGCCAGUAAUUCUGAUAUCACCAUCACAUCGACACAUGGAUCACCACAGCAGCAUCAGCAUCCAAAGUCUUUAUCGUCGUCCAUGUCUGUGCAGCAUUCUUCAAGUAAUGGCAGCGGUGGAGGCACGCAACACAGUCGUAGCAGUCCGACAUCUGACUUCCUGGCUGAUUCACCAAAUCAGCCGACGAUAAACCAGACCAACAGUAAUGUCGUCGAUGGGAUCAAUCUGGAUGAGAUCAAGGAGUUCGCAAAAGCUUUCAAGCUUCGACGACUGUCUCUAGGCUUGACCCAGACGCAAGUCGGACAGGCGCUGAGCAUUACCGAGGGCCCCGCUUACAGUCAGAGUGCUAUCUGCAGUGCCCUGGCUACUCAGAUGUACUGUGCUGCGCAGCUUGCGUCACAGCAUCAAGCUAUGUUUGAAAAGCUGGAUAUUACACCGAAGAGUGCACAGAAAAUCAAGCCAGUGCUGGAAAUGUGGAUGAAAGAAGCUGAAGAGAGCUGGUUGUGUUUCAGAUAUAAGAGCGGACAGAACCAUCUCACUGAAUUCAUUGGCGUCGAGCCAUCCAAGAAGAGGAAACGCAGAACAUCAUUCACGCCUCAGGCACUGGAGCUGCUCAACGCUCACUUCGAACGGAACACGCAUCCCUCAGGUACUGAAAUCACCGCUUUGGCACACCAGCUUGGCUAUGAGAGGGAAGUAAUAAGAAUAUGGUUCUGCAACAAGAGGCAGGCCCUCAAGAACACUGUCCGGAUGAUGUCCAAAGGCGUGGCCUAGUGCGCUGAUAGUCCGUCAUUUGAAAAUGAGGGAGAGAGUGUCCGGAAAGUGGCAUAUCUGUACGAACGGUUGUUUCGGGAGGCAAGAUAAGUAUUGCGAUUAAUCUGAAGCAGUCGUCUGUGGCACUUUACGUUGCAAGUGUGUACGAAGGGAAAGUAAUUUAUUUCUUGACACGAUUGUACAGGUUUAAUAGCAAAUUAAUUUUUGGUCUGUUCCAGAUCUGAAAGGUAUUGUGUUUCUUUUUUUAGUAUAUGUCAGUGGUUGAUGGCUGUAUUGAAAAAUGGCGUGUUAGUACGACUGAAAUGUUAUCUCGGUAACGAAGGAAAAGGACGUUUUGAAAGAGAUUGAAGUUCCUGCAGCUCACGGUGGCUGCGACAAGUUUCCUCACGCAGAGGAGAGCGUUUCACGUGAUAUUACAUUCUCGGAUGCUGCUGCAAAUGAGAACCGAAGAUCUCGACAGAAUCUGGCAGGUGGAUACCAUGUUUUUUCCUGUCUAAAUAUGGUUUGCUGAGCGUGGAGGCAACGCGCUGCCCAGUCCUGAAUACGCCGAGUUGCGCGUAUGAAGUAACAUUACAUAACACGACUGACAUUUGAAAUAAAGUGUAAAUUUUCUGUUUAAGUAUGAAUGACUGCAUCAUCAUUUUAACGCAAGUUAUCCACUAGCUCGGAGAUAUGUGGAUGUUGCUAAUCCAUUCCGUGCUAUAGAUCACAUCUGACGCUUCUUGUCUGGAUUUAUUUUAUUUUUGAGAAGUUUGUGGAAUACGCAUCUCUUGCCAUUCCUAAAAAAAGCCUUUUUAAAAUAAAAUGGAAUGAUGAUACCAGAAAUAUAAUUCAUCGCACGAUAGAAGCAAGAAGUGAUCGGUCUGUAUUUUAUCUAGAGUCGUCUGUGAUAGAGGAAAUUGAUGCUGAAUGGACCACUCGGUAUCUUUUUAAAAUGACUGAUUUGAAAUAUCGGCAACCACUGAAUUUUUAUUGUGACAGUAUAAGUCUUAACUCGAAAUAUUGCUAAGGUUGACCGUCAGACAACUGCUCAGAUUUCCCCGACAACGCCUCUACUUGAAGAACUUCUAAACCAUCGGCCCCACCUUUCUAACGGUACGAACCACGCGUGUAUAAUCUUGAAAUAAAUGCGGGGGUAUGACAUUCGCAGAGCUGCGAGCCUCUUCCUGUGCUCGUGUAUUAAUCGAGAAGUUUGCGUUCAGUACCACCGAUGUACGUGCACAUUUGAGAUAACUUUGUUUCUUAGAGCUUACCAUUCGUUGAUACAAGAUUUGAGGUUCUCUCAGCUGCGACGAUGUCAGCGUCGGUCUUCUGGGUAGUAGCAUCAUGCGGACUUAGAAGUACCAUGAAUGCUUUUGAGACGCGUACUGCAUCCAUUUUCACAACUGAUACCGGAGAGAGUGUGUCUAUCUGAAAUGUCGAUAUUUACGUGGAAUUACUACGUCGAAGACCAACGUCAACUUUGCCAAAUUGUCUUUUAGCAUAAAAUUUGGGACUGCUUCUUCAAAAGCGCGUAGAAAAUUAAAAUGUUGAUCAAGUUCGUCAGAGGAUCGCAUCGUAUCGCGACGUUCAGAUAAACUGAAUCGUGAAUGGGAAAGACGAGUCUCGUCGAGAAGAGAAUUCAAAUUUGAAGAAGUGGAUUUAAUCGUUUUUCCUUCGCAACAGUAUCUGUCGUAAAAAGUACUGAUAAUCUGUUUUCAUAUCGCGAGUGACUUCGACUCGGUUUAAAAUGGAUGUGACCCUCCUGUAGGCACUUAACAGUUCUACCAAUUGGUAAAAAAAAAAAGACAGUGUAGUGUUGCAAUGCGGACCAGAAUAUAUUUUUUGAUUAAAGACUUAUCAUAUUGUGCACCGAUAUAUUGUACGUUUAUGUGGCCAAAGAAGAGAUUGAAGUCACAAAUUUGUUACUGAAGCAGAUUUCAGCUGUUUAAGUGACGAAACAUUUUUUUUUUUUUUUUUGGGAGUAUUAUAGAUA